AUGCCAACAGUUAUAGUAGCCGGGGAAGGUCUUUUAGCGGAUCUUCUUAAAACAAUUGUAAAAGCUUUUCAACCCUUGGGAUUGGAGCUUGAAAUAGAUACAGUGCCAUGCUUACCCAUCCCUAUACCACCCGAUUAUGAUCGUUACAUACAAAUAAUUACCUUAUUGUUGCUAUGUUGGAUUUUGACGGUUCUUGAACCUUAUGGGUUAAGAUUUAGACACUGGAUUAUGUGCUACUAUCACCCUGUGCGUGGUAAAGAAAGAGCCAUAUGGCUUUACAACCAUAUUUUAAGAACCAGAUCUACUUUUUUGAAGUUUGUUAGAAGACAAUUGAGAAGAAAAGUACUAGGGGAUAAAACUGUUACCAAGAUAACGCUAAAGGAAUUCUUGCUAUCAAAAUUUAGAUGCUUGGGAUUUUGUGUUGGAGAUGAGGUUCAGAAAGCAUGCCUUGUGUGCGGUCUUGUUAUCAGGGACACGGAUGAAAUUAAAUACUACAAAUGUGCCACACCAGGUUGUCCUGGGAUAUAUUGCGAACCCUGCUUUAUAGAUAUAAAAAAAUUGUGCACGGUUUGUUUAUCACCUAUAGAAUAUGGGGACCUAUCAGAUCUGAGCGAAGAAAGAGACUCUUCUGAUGAGGAAAACCGACAAAAAAGAAAACUUAACAAUAUCCAGGGUAAAAAGAAGCUUGAUGACGAUUCGGAUUAUCACAGUUCAAGCUCAGAACCCUCAUUUUCCUAUCAAUACACUAAAGAUGUAAACCAAAUACAGCAAUCGCUUAAGACCAGUUUUAAAGAUUUAGAAAGGCAGAACAUACCGGACUAUGCAUCAAUGGAAGCUUUCAGAGAUUAUCCCAUUUCCAGUGACAGCUCUAUUGAAGAUGGAGAUUUAAUUAGAGGUGAUAUUUAUCCAGAAAAAAAUUAUCCAAGGAAAAUUGAAGUAGUUUCAACUGUGGAACUUUUACCAAUAUUAUCAAGGCAGAGUAGUAUACGGCAUAAAAAAACAUUGUCAGCCAAAGGCAGUAAAACUAUAGAAAUUGAUGUAAAUCCCAAGAAAAUUCAGCCCAUACCAGCAUCCAAACAGAGCAUAAAAAAACGAUCUUUAACGUCCCAACGAAAAAUUGAAAGCAAGCAUCUUCUUGAUGCAACCGAUGACUCCACCUCAGACGAUUUAGACUACCUGUAUACACCAAAAGAACUGAAGACAAGGUUAUAUAGUAUAACUCUUCCAGAAACUGAACAGUUUGAAUUAGCUUCCACGUUCUCCACUUUGGAAGAAUUAUCUUCACAACCUACGGAAGAUCAACUUGAAAGUAUUAGUCAAACAUUUUUAUCGCCUUCAAAAUCGAGCAGCACUAUGCAGUCUGAUAACAUUUCCGUAACUGAAUCCGAUUUAACAACAAUUUCAAAAAUAAACUUUAACGUUAAAUACAAAGUUGAAUCGGAAACUCAACCCUCAAAUGCACAAAAAAGUGAAUCGACCACGUCAAGUGAAAUAGAUUCAAUGUUAGCUAGGGAGAUUCAAAUUAGAAAAAGACACCAGGUGACUUCUUUGCAUGGAUUUAAUGCUUCAUUUGGGUCUGAAAGACAAGAAUCGCAGAAAAAGAUGGUCAAUGAUUACUAUAAAAAGUUACCAAAACCUGGAGUCGAAAUAAAGUCAGUCAGAGAAUCAUGGUUGAAAGAAUUAAUUUCCAAAGUUAAGGGUGGAAAAAGUCAAGAGCAACCGAUAGAAGCGAGAAGUACCGAGUUGGCGUCUUUUGACUAUUCCAAGGCAGAUUCCAUCCCACUUAUUUCAAAAGCUCAUUCUUUAGAGUCCAGUAGUGAAGAAGAUUUUUAAAAUUAUUGAUUUAUAGGGUGUUUUUAAAAUUAAUGUUACCGAAAUGACAAUAAAAUGAAAUUUUGUAAUGAUGUAAGUAGUGAUAGCGUAUUAAGUGACAAUUUGUACAUUGAGUUGUUCGAAAAGAAAAUCAGAAGCGACCAGAAAAAACAAAAUAAGAAUCUUGAAGCACCAACUGAUUUAAAUUUAAAACCUCACAAAAACUGCGCAUGUGCAAAAGUAAACUUGGAUGAAGAAUUUAAAUCUACAAUAAAUUACAACGAUUUGAAUUCAAAACCUCACAAAACCUGCGCGGUUAUAAAAGCAAACUUGGAUGAAGAUUUUAAAUCUUCAAUACAUCACGACGAUUUAGAUAAAGACAUGGACGAAGUGGAAGCUAAGAAUAACGGUUGCUGGGCAACCAAAACAAUAGAGAAACCAAAAGAUGAAGAAAAGAAGUUUGUUCAAAGAGAACCGUUGAUUGAAAAACCGUGUGGUGAAAAAGUACAAGCCAAAGAACCAUUAUUUGAAAAAAACAACAAAGAAAAAGUAAAAUGUAAAGAAAAAGAAGCAAUAGUCGAAAAAUGGGAUUUAAAAAAAGAACAAACAAAGAAUGCAUCAAUGCAGUGCGAAUGCCAUUUUCCAUGCGAUAAUGAAUUAUGCAAAGAUUGUAGCAAGAAGCAGGAAGAGAAAAAAAACGAUGACGACAUCUUAUUUAAAAAUUUGACAGAAGAAACGAGUUGCAAGGACGAUCAAAUUUUCAAUGAGAUAAUACGAAAUGAGAAAAUCAAAUUCAUAAAUUAUUGUAGACAAAUGAAAGCAAACUACAUGAAGUCGUACAGGAAAAAAUCAAAAGAAAGAGACAAUGUCAUAUUGUGCAGCUGUCAAUGUUGCGAAACGAACCCGACAAAGAAACCAUCACGAUUAAAUUGUCCACCUCCACCACCUCUGCCGUGUAGUUGCAAAUGUUGCUCGUCGCCCAAACGCGUCCCGACAUGUCGAAACUUGUGUCGCGUGCCACCGAAACAAAAGCAAUCUUGUUCGACGUAUUGCGCGUGUUGUAGUCCAAGAAAAUCGGUGUCUUUUUCGCCUCGAUACGAUUGCGGGACCAGCUGCAAGUGCGUUCAAACCGUGGAUUUAAACGCAUCAGACUACCAGUGCAGCUGCGGAGAAUGCUGCAGAAACCGGCAAACGCAAGGCAGCGACGAAGAAUCGGAUGAUUCCUACGAUCCAGAACUCUACAACCUCCCGUAUCAAAACAACGAUGAUUACAUAGACCUUAUAGAAGAACUGGAAGAAAAACUGGUUAAAAGAAAUCGCAAUAGAGUCCGCAGGACGAUGCUGGAGUUUGAAAAUCGCAGCAAACAAAACAAACCACUGGAAAAACCAAUCCUUAAUCACGAUGAAAUAAGCGAAAGCGACGAACCAAUCCUGGAAAACUUGUGCGAGUUUAAGAAACGCAAGCAAAAAACAAAAACAUGUCCCAAAACCUUUAAGAAGCCGACUUGUAUUUGUGCUUCGGAUCGUGGCGACUGGGAAGAGUGUUUUAACGAAAAUACCGACAAUAAUUUUGUGCAAUCUACUGCUACACAGAAUGACCCAAAUAAAUGUAGCUGCAUGUCGAGGUACUCCAGAUCUCAAAAAACCAAAAUCAAAACCAAAUGGAAGAAGAACAAAAAGGGAGAAUGGUGCCGGGUGAUUGAAAAUGACGAACAACCUUGUUGUAAUUGUAGAAAUUGUUGCCAACAGAAAAUUACGGGUUGCGAUUUUGACAGUUGUGACCAAUAUAAUUAUUGAAAUUAUUGGUUUUGGUUGUAAAAUUUUAAAAAUGUAAAUUUGUGGUGUUAUAAAUAUUUACUUAUAGUCCGUUUUAG